AUGGCGUCUAAAAGGCACAAACAUGCCUGUGUUUGCAUGAUUAUUAAUUCUGCAUUUUUAGAAAAUGAUAGCAACUUAGAAGAUCAUGAAGUUGGUCUAUUGUCUCAACUCCAAAUGCAUACUUCAAUGUGUUCUGCUCUUAUGACCCUGAUUCCUCAGCGUCGGAUCAGAAUUCCUCGAGCGCUUAACUAUGUUGAGGAGAUCAUUCCAAAGUAUACUGAGGAAGAUUUUAGACGAAGGUUUCGAAUGAGCCCAGGAACAUUUUCAUCUCUUUUAACAAUUUUCUUAGAAUUUAAAGAGAAAACAAUUAUACCAAUGGAAAAACAGUUAUUAAUUUUCAAACGCUAUUUGACAACACAAAUGACAAUCCAAGCUAUUGCUGACCAAUUCGGAGUAUGUGAAUAUACAGUCUUUGAUAUUUUAAAGCGCCUCGCAAACAUUGUUUGCCGUGAACUUCUGCAGCAAUGCAUAAAAUGGCCAGAUGGUGAAAAAGUUUCCAACAUUGUUAAAGGGUAUAAAGAUUUAAAAAAUUUCCCUGCUGUAAUUGGUGCCAUUGACGGUAGUCACAUACCUAUAAAAACUCCAAAUCAUUGUCCAGAAAACUACAUUAAUCGAAAGUCAUUUCCGUCUGUCAUUCUUCAGGCCGUGUGUGAUUCAAAAAUGCAUUUAUUAGAUGUUAACUGUGGUUGGCCGGGAUCUGUGCAUGACUCCCGAGUUUUUAAAAAUUCAGAAUUGUACCAAAGGAUUCAGAAAGACCCAGAGGGGAUGUUUCCCAACAAUACACACCUUCUGGGGGACUCUGCUUAUGGUCUUGAAAUGUGGAUGAUGACUCCCUACAGGGACCGUGGAAACCUAACACAAAGUCAGUAUCAGUACAACUAUAUUCACAGCAGUACUAGGAUGGUAAUUGAACGCACUUUUGGGGCCAUAAAAGGAAGAUUUCGCCGCUUGAAAUUUGUAGACAUUCAGGACAUUGAAAAAAUUGUAAAAGUAGUGAUUAGUUGCUGUGUGUUGCACGAAUUUUGUCUACAGCAUGACGAUGAUUGUGUAGAGUAUAUAGAGGAGGGAGGAGAGGAUGAAGUCAACAACUUUGUGCAAAUUUUAUGUGUAAAUAAUGCUGCAGGAGAAAAGAGGGAUAGUAUUGCAAGAAUGUUAUAA